AUGACGACCUCUUCACCACAGUUUCGCGAGUCGUCGCCCCUGAUGGGCACGAGGAGCCCGAAAUCCCAGUUCACUUAUCGACAGCUCUCACUUCUCGCCUCAUAUGCCGUAUCUAGUCCGCUGCGGGUCAUUGCUCACAUUGACCUCGAUGCGUUCUAUGCCCAGUGUGAGAUGGUGCGCCUGGACACCCCAGAGGACCAGCCCCUGGCCGUGCAGCAGUGGCAAGGUUUGAUUGCCAUCAACUACCCUGCGCGUAGCUUUGGCAUUGGAAGGCACUGCACCCUUGCAGAAGCGAGGAAGUUGUGCCCAGACCUGAUCGCACAGCACGUGGCCACAUGGCGCGAGGGCGACGACAAGUGGGCGUACCGUGACGAUGCCGCCGCCAACAUUACGAGCGACAAGGUGUCGCUCGAUCCCUAUCGGUUGCAGUCGAGAAAGAUCCUGGCACUCAUCAAAGAAACACUACCACCUGACCUCCAAAAGGUUGAGAAAGCGAGCAUCGAUGAGGUGUUCUGUGACCUGUCGUCCCACGUCCAUUCAAUCCUGCUCGAGCGCUUUCCCGAGCUGAAUAAUCCGCCGCCAUAUGAUGACCCGACGGAGAGGCUACCUCGGCCGCCGGUUGUCGCGCUCGACUGGCAAGCAGACGCCUUGAUUGACCUAGACGAGGACGCGGAGAACCAGGACCCUGACUGGGACGACGUGGCAAUACUGAUUGGGUCCGAGAUUAUCCGGGGCGUCCGCGCACGCAUCCACGAAGUCCUGCAUUACACUUGUUCCGCUGGCAUAGCGAAUAACAAGAUGCUCAGCAAGUUGGGCUCGGCCCACAAGAAGCCCGACCAACAGACUGUGAUACGCAACCGCGCCGUCCAACAGUUUCUUUCCGACUUCAAAUUCACCAAGAUCCGCAAUCUGGGUGGCAAGCUUGGUGAUACCAUCGUCAACAUGUUCAACACGGACACCGUCAAAGAUCUCCUGCCGACCCCACUGGAUCAGAUGAAGGCAAGACUGGGGGACGAGACGGGUAUCUGGGUUUACAACACGAUUCGUGGCAUUGACCAGAGCGAAGUCAACUCUCGAACCCAGAUCAAAUCAAUGCUGUCCGCCAAAUCGUUCCGCCCCUCCAUUCACACACCAGACCAAGGGAACCGUUGGCUACGAAUCUUUGUCGCUGACAUCUUUUCCCGAUUGGUCGAGGAGGGUGUGCUCGAAAACAAACGCAGGCCAAAGACGAUAAACCUGCACCAUAGACACGGUGGCCAAAUGAAGUCACGUCAAGGGCCAAUACCUCAAGGGAAGCCCAUUGAUGAGCAAGGUCUGUUCGAUCUUGCGAGAAACCUAUUGCAGCAGAUUGUCGCGGAGGGCAAAGUCUGGCCCUGCGAGAAUCUCAGCCUAAGUGUUGGUGGCUUCGAAGAUGGCAUCACCGGAAACAUGGGAAUCGGCGCUUUUCUGGUAAAGGGAGCUGAAGCUCAGGCCUUGAGGCAGGCGUCGAACACCUCGACUCACAUGUCCCCAUCUGAGGUACCAGCUGCCAAGAAACGCCGCCUGGCUAGUGACGGCGGCAUACACAAAUUCUUGACCCGAAGCGUCUCUAUAGACGAAGAUGUGGCCGCUCACGAUGCGGCCAAGACCGAAGAGAGCAAAUCAACUGACGACAAGCAGCAGAUACUCUCAACGGGCACGACAACUUCUCGUGUCAAAGACGCCGGAGAAAUCGAGACAAACGAUUCGAACCCCUGGGCUGUGCCCGUCCAUUUGUGCAGCAGAUGCAAUGCACGCUUCCAAGAUAGCGACGACUUCCAAAGCCACCAGGAUUGGCAUAUUGCCAAGGACUUCCAGGACGAAGAACGUGGAAAGUCCGCAUUCGUCCAAACACCGCCCUCCGCCUCUCAUGCUGCCGGCCCCCGCAAAGCUGCCACAUCCGCGAAGCGAGGUGGCCGAAGCGGCAAGCUCGAACAUGGCCAACGUAAACUGAAGUUUGGCUAG